AUGCCACCGCGAUUACCACGUGAACACAACAGCAGUAUCCAAUCAGCUGGACAACCCCAAAUGGUGAAAGUUGUUCAAAACACAAGUAAUCAAUCUAUUGCUCAAAUCAAAAUAAAGCCUAAUCCUGUGAAAGUAAUAAAACUGCCAGCCACAACUGAAGGCAAUAUUAAGACACCUGUAUACAGAGCAGUGAAGUUGACUGGCAUUAAAUGUGCAUCAAAAUUGUUGCAGGUUCCUGUUGAUAAUCUAGCAAGCUUACAAAAAGUAAAAGUUGAACCAAAAGAUUUUGAAGAAAGACUGGUAAAUCAGGAGCAGUUAUCAGAAUUAAAAUAUAUACAUCCAGUUCCAGAACUUGUUUCACUACCUAUAAAGUCUGAAAACCAAGUGACCAGUACUAGUUCUGAUAACUUAUCAACUAUGUCACAUGCCUCCAGAAGGAGACAUGAUUCAGAUAAUGACCCACCAGCUGAAUACACCACUAAGAGACGUAAGCAUGCCGAUAAAGUUGGAAAAGGGUUGAGGCAUUUUUCCAUGAAAGUAUGUGAAAAAGUGAGGAACAAAGGGUUCACUUCUUAUAAUGAAGUUGCAGAUGAGUUAGUGCUUGAAUUUGCUGCUGGGAUGCAUGGUUCGGCAGAUAGUCAGCAAUAUGAUCAGAAAAAUAUACGCAGAAGAGUAUAUGAUGCAUUAAAUGUUUUAAUGGCUAUGAAUAUCAUAUCAAAAGAAAAGAAAGAAAUCAGAUGGCUUGGUCUACCCACAAAUAGUGUACAAGAGUGUACAGCCUUAGAAAAAGAGAAACAAUUAAAAUUAGAACAGAUUCAAAAAAAGACUCAGCAGUUGCAAGAACUGAUAUUACAGCAUAUUUCAUUUAAAAGUUUAAUUGAAAGAAAUAAGGAAGCAGAAAGUAAAGGCGUAAAACCUUCUCCAUCAUCAGCAAUCCAUUUGCCAUUUAUUGUUGUGAAUACUAGUGAUAAAGCUUUAAUUGACUGCAGUAUUUCUAAUGAUAAGACAGAAUAUAUGUUCAACUUCAAUAAAAGGUUUCAAAUACAUGAUGAUAUUGAUAUAUUAAAAAGAAUGGGCCUCUUGUUUGGUCUUGAUAAAGGAGAAUGUUCGGAAGAGGACAUUGAAAGAGCGAAAAACAUGGUUCCAAAGUCAUUAAAAUCAUAUGUAGAACAAAUGGGCAGGGGAGUUAUAACAAAAUUAUCCACUAUGCUUGAAGAAGAGGACCUUGAAGAAGAAACUGGCGAGGAAGAAGAAGUGUUAGAAGCUGAAGGUGAAGUUGAUGAUGAACAAGAGGCUGAAGGAAACGAUUAUAGUGACGACAGCAGUGACGUGGAUGUUUAG